CGGGUCCCGACCGCAUAAAUUCCGCCCGGCAGCUCCCGGCUUCAUUCAUAAGACUGGAGCGGCUACGCCGGGGACACGCGGAGCCGGGGCUUGCGGGACUUGACUACUGGUGACUCUUCUUCUUCUUCUUCUUCUUCUUGGCGUCCGUGAAAAAAUUUAUAUUUAUAUAUAUAGUCUUGAUUUUUUAACUGGAGAGAAAGUUUUGUGGGUUUCUUUUUUGCAAGACUCCUUCUAGAUCGUUCUUCCGUUUCGCCCUGAGGAUAGACUUACUUUCUGUGGGCUUCUGGAUCGCGCCCCUCUGCCCUCCCCCGUUUCGUGGAACUCCGGGAGAGGAAGGGAACCGCGCAUCCGGAGCGCACGCUGAACGGCGGCACCGCGCGGCGGGCCUCUGGGCGGGGAGCGAUCCCCGCGUCGCCCCUCCGUGAAGUCGCCGGAGCCUGAACUUUCAGGAGGUACAGCGGCGACCUGCAGAGGGGACUUGCAUCGAAACUUGGGCAGUUCUCCGAGCCGGACGCGGAGCUCCCCCAAGCAGCGCACUUUGGGGACGUGUCCGGUCCACUCCGGACUCGCAUCUCACCCCACUCGGCCAUAGCCUUGGCUUCCCGGCGACCUCAGCGUGGUCACAGGGGCCCCCCUGUGCCCAGGGAAAUGUUUCAAGCUUUCCCCGGAGACUACGACUCCGGCUCCCGGUGUAGCUCGUCACCCUCCGCCGAGUCUCAGUACCUGUCUUCAGUGGACUCCUUCGGCAGUCCACCCACCGCCGCCGCCUCCCAGGAGUGCGCCGGUCUCGGGGAAAUGCCCGGCUCCUUCGUGCCAACGGUCACUGCGAUCACAACCAGCCAGGACCUCCAGUGGCUCGUGCAACCCACCCUCAUCUCCUCCAUGGCCCAGUCCCAGGGGCAGCCUUUGGCUUCCCAGCCUCCAGCUGUUGACCCCUAUGACAUGCCAGGAACCAGCUACUCAACCCCAGGCCUGAGUGCCUACAGUGCUGGUGGAGCCAGCGGAAGCGGUGGGCCUUCGACCAGUACAGCCUCCGGCGCUCCCGGGCCCGCUCGCCCAGCCAGGGCCAGGCCUAGAAGAUCCCGGGAGGAGACGCUCACCCCAGAAGAAGAAGAGAAGCGGAGGGUUCGCAGAGAGAGAAACAAGCUGGCGGCAGCUAAAUGCAGAAACCGUCGGAGGGAGCUGACGGACCGACUCCAGGCGGAAACGGAUCAGCUGGAAGAGGAAAAGGCAGAGCUGGAGUCGGAGAUCGCCGAGCUGCAAAAAGAGAAGGAACGUCUGGAGUUUGUCCUGGUGGCCCACAAACCGGGCUGCAAGAUCCCCUAUGAAGAGGGGCCGGGGCCAGGCCCGCUGGCCGAGGUGAGAGAUUUGCCAGGGUCAACAUCCGCUAAGGAAGACGGCUUCGGCUGGCUGCUGCCGCCCCCUCCACCACCGCCCCUGCCCUUCCAGACCAGCCGAGACGCACCCCCCAACCUGACGGCUUCUCUCUUUACACACAGUGAAGUUCAAGUCCUCGGCGACCCCUUCCCCGUUGUUAGCCCUUCGUACACUUCCUCGUUUGUCCUCACCUGCCCGGAGGUCUCCGCAUUCGCCGGCGUCCCAAGCUCCAGCGGCAGCGAGCAGCCGUCCGACCCCCUGAACUCGCCCUCCCUUCUUGCUCUGUGAACUCUUUAGACAAACAAAACAAACAAACCCGCAAGGAACGAGGAGGAGGAGGAAGAAGAGGAGGAGAGGGGACGAAGCAGUCGGGGGGAUGUGUGUGGACCCUCUGACUCUUCUGUCUGACUGCCCGCCGCCUCUGCCAUCGGACAGGACGGAAGGACCUCCUUUGCGUUUUGUUUUUUGCGCUCGGUCCCUGUGGUGUCUGUGCCCCGGCGAGGCCGGAGGAGCUGGUGACUUUGGGGGUAGGAGGCGGGGCGGGGAUGGACACCCCCCUCCCCUCCAGACGGCUAUUACGGUCCUUUGUCACUUCAACCCAACUUCUGGGGAUAGAUGGCUGGGCGGGGUGGGUGGGGUGUGACGCCCACUCCUGGCGUCUUGCGUGAGGCUGCAGGGGAAAGGGUGCUGGGUGUGGGGUGCAGGGUGGGCUGCUGUGUGAGCAUGCACCCCCAGAGGGGCCCAACGAGGAAAUGACAGCCCCGUCCCCGUCUCUCCCCCACCCACCCGCCUUCCAGGGUGCAGGGUCCCCCGGCCUUUAGCUGAUUAACCCAACAUUUCCAGGAGGUCACAACCUCACCUCCUCCGGCACGAAUUGAGCCCCCCCCCGAGGGAAGUCGGUGCCCGCUUUGGGAGCCCGCUAACCCCACUUUCCCGUGACUCCAAAAUGUGAACCCCUGUCUGACUGUCCCGUCCAGUCUUUCCCUCCUGGGGAAAAAAAAAAAAAACUGGCUCGGGUUGGAUUUUAUCUUCUCCCAUGUGCUCCAGAGCCCCCUCCCAAGCCAGGCCCGAGCUCACCCCGUGCAGUAUUAUGCGGAGCCCCCUUCCCCCCAACCCCCCAGCCGCCCUUGGCCGUCCUCGUUGGGCCUUUCUGGUGUCGGGCAGCAGGGGGCGCUGCGACGCCCGUCUUGCUGGAGCGCUUUAUACUGUGAAUGAGCGGCCGGAUUGCGGGGUGCGCCGGGUGGGAUUGACCCCCCAACCCUCCAAGGCUUUCCCUGGGCCUCCCCUUCUUGCAAGGGCCUCCUUCCUCCCCUCGACAGGGAGUUAGACUGUAAGGAGUGACGGCGAUGCCUCCCCAGCCUAGGACGCCAACUUCUCCCCACCCUGGGAGCCCCGCAUCCUCUCACGGAGGUCGAGGCAAUUUCCAGAGAAGUUUUCAGGGCUGAGGCUUUGGCUCCCCUACCCUUGAUAUUUGAACCCCCCAACAUUUCUGGACUGGCGUAAAGAGGGGACUGGGCUCCCAGUCCCCCCAACUCCCCCAGCCCCCAACAUGGGUUCUGGCUCCUCCCUCCAGCUUUAACCUCGUGCGAGUUCCACGAGUCAGAUUUCUAUUUUUUAAUAUUGGGGAGAUGGACCCCUCAGCUCCCCUCCCCUGUGCUGCAUGGAACACAUUCCACACCCUGUCCUGGGUCCUCGGUUCCAACCCUAACCCCAGCCAAGCUAUUUAUCCCUUCCCUGGUUCCCGAAAAGCACUUAUAUCUAUUAUGUAUAGAGAAAUAUAUUAUAUAUGAGUGUCUGUGUGUGUGCGCGCGUGUGCGUGCGUGUGUGUGUGUGUGUGUACACGUGCGUGCGUACGAGUUUCCUCGUUUGCAAGUGUGCUGUGGAGUUCGAAAUCGCUUCUGGACACUCGAGUCAGAGUCUCUGGCUGUCCCUUCCGUAACUGUCCCUUUGUUUGUUGUCCCAGCCCCUCUGGCUGUUGGAGACAAUCUUUUCUCAGUCUGUUUUGCUCUGGCCACUUCCAACGUGUCUCCUCUCCCACUGGCUCCUUCUGUGCGUCAACUCCGGGUUUUCACUUUCUGAGUCAGUGUGAAUGGGUGGUCGAUUUUCACAAUGUGUGUCCCUGAGGGUUCCGGAUGGGAGUGUACGAUCAGGAGAAGGGCCCACCCAUGUGGUCCCACCCAUGCUGUACUUGUGACUUUUGAUGUUGGUGAUUUUUUUUUUUUUUGUAUUUUGCACCUGACCCCGGGGGUGCUGGGGCAGUCUAGCACUGGGCAGCCCCCUACCCCCUUGGUUCUGCACUGUCGCCAAUAAAAGAGCUUUAAAAAAUGUA